AUGGCCUCGUCAGAUCAAGGGUCGGGGUACUCGGUGACGCCAACCCAAGGCAAAGGAUUUACUUUCCGCCAUAGUUCACGGAAGAGUGAUGAUCUGUCGGCAUCGCGACGACCGUCCAUCAAGGAUGGCCGCUCGCUAUCCGGUGGAAGCAGUCACUAUGGUCCCAAGGCAUUUAUGGCUGCCAUGACAUCGGCCAAUCCUCCCGGAUCCUUCAGUGCGGACUUGAAAAGUGCGAUGCAGUCAGGGAGAACCACACCACAAAGUGAGUUGGCGGCAGUACAGUUUUCGCGCCAUCCACCACAAUACAAAGAUGGAGACAUUCUUGAUACCUCGGAGAAAAGGCAGGCCGCCGUGCGUGACAAGAUAGCUAAAGAGAUGAAGAUUAAGCUGGGGACCGAGAAUAUGCUGGAAGCCCUCUUGAGUAAAAACAACAAACAGACCAAAGAACAACGCCAGCGGGUUGAGAUGGAAUUAGGCUCAUCCAACAGGAAGCUUGCUGAAUUAAAGCAAGAGCUCGACCAGGAGAUCAUGCGCGCUCAAUCCCCCACGACGCCUCCCAGCAAGAGAAUGACCAGCUAUUUUCGAGGCAGCCCUCUGAGGACACCGCCGUCCUUAGCACAGUCUCAGGAGAAUCCUUUGGCGGAGUCUAUCGACAGCGAAUCUCCAACGGUUGUCCUCACAGAGACACUUCAGCAAUUGGAGGCGGAUGGCAUGCAACCGGACUAUUAUAUUGAACGGGCGAAUACGUUGGUCGAGCUUCUUAAACGCAAUCCUACCUUGAAAUACGAUCUGGCCUGGUCAGUCUUCAGCUUGCGUGUCCAAUUGAUGCUACUGAGCGAGAGUUCCGACGUUGUCGCGGCCGGUUACAGGCUCACACGACAUGCCAUUGCUGACCGCAAGUCGUUGCAGACCAUCAGAAAUCUUCACACCGAUGAGCUGGUGAUAUUAUCCUUGGUGAAACGAGAGAAGGCCCUUUUGGAACGAGAACAAGCCGUCAAAUUCGUGCGAGCUUUUCUAGAUGUCAAAGACGGGGUCUAUGAGAUCUCACGAGCUGUGGUCCGGAGCUUGGUGGCCGUUGCCGAAACCCCAGACGACAGACUGAAAGAUAUCUGCCUGUUGACGCUGGCAGAACUUCUGACCAAGCACACCGGACUUGUCGUGUCCGCCAACGGCAUGAGUACACUCACAGAAGCCUUGGCUGAUGGCUCAUUCCCAGCCCCGGAAGGUCUUGUUGCCGGGUUUCUCCAGAUCCUCGAUCACCCUCUCCAGCGACGGUUCUUGCACACUGGUCGAGAAUUCGAGGCAAUGUUUGCUCCCUUCACUGACCCGUUACUCUUGAGUGGCCAUGAAGACAGGCUCAAGAAUUGUGCUCAGGCCAUAUCUGCCAUGCUCAAGACAUGGCCAGGGUUCUUGCUACUCUCCAGGAAUGGCGCAGCGCCACUCCGAUCGCUCAUCGAUUCGCUUGUCUACCCCAUCCCUCAGUCGCGCGACAUAGUCCUUGAGCUGUUCUUUGACAUAUUACGUAUCAAGCCUCCGUCGUGGUCAAGUUCGUUCCUGGCUGGCCGGAGGCUUACCACCUACGGGCGGGUCAACACAGCACCUGUUGAGCAACCUUCGCAGAGGCAAAUAGCGGAGUCUAGCGCCGAGGGCAAAUUCGAUUUGACAUAUCACUUCUCAGCAUUUGUUCUGGCCGCCCUUGUCAAGGCCGAUCUCAUUCACGCUCUCGUCCAAUUGGUCCGGAUUGAGGAAGACCUCAUGCUCAAAAGGAAGGCUGCUCUUCUACUAACAGAAGUAUUGAAGUUAGCCCACCACACUCUACCAGAAUCUGUGAGUGCGAACAUACAAGUAUUGGGUGAUCUGAUCCCUACUCUCCAAGACUAUGGCUCUGAGACUUCUGCCACGAACAUGACAUUGAUCUAUCAGAUUGAAAGCAUCAAUCGAACCUUGAACCGGACCACAGGUUCACUGUACGGAAGAGGCGUUCGCGCUGACGAACUGGUCGCCGCGCCUCAGGCUGUUGAAAGAUCAAGGUACACCGCAAUGAUGGAUUCCGAUCAAUUUCGACAAGCCAUGACCGACAGUCAAGUCACAAGCCAUUCCCAGUAUGUCAAGUGGAAAUGGGACCUGAUACACAGCCUCGUGGAAGGUCCACUCACGAAUCCAAAGAGAUUGGAAGACGCUAUCAAAUCCCCCAAAUUCCUCAAGCGGCUCGUUGGAUUCUACCGCCCCUUCAAGUACAGAUUCUCUAUAAUUCGAAACACAAGACCCAAUCAGCGCUAUGUCCGUACAGGAUGUGCUCUCAUGAAGACUCUCACGCAAACCAGUCUUGGACUGGAGUAUCUUACCGAGAACAAGCUUUUACGGCAGAUUGCAGAAUGCCUGGCCCAGGUUUCUCCUCACAGCGGGAUCACAUCUGCGAGUCCGCUAUUUGACCGGCAGCACAUGGCCGAGACUCUGAGCGGUGGGUAUUUCGCUCUCAUUGGUGCUCUGAGCCAAUCCUCAGAAGGCCUACGGCUGAUGGAAAGGUGGCAUAUCAUGGACAUAUUCUAUCAUUUGGUUAGAUUAAAAGAUCGCGAUGAUCUCGUGAAGGCGCUCCUCGGCAACAUGGACUACACCCUUGAUUCACAUCUACGAGUUAUCCUGUCAAAAGCCCUCACCUCAGGGGUCAAAGACAUCCGGAUCUUCGCGACGAGGUUACUUCGGCGAUAUGCGGUGGGUAGGGUGCAGUAUUCGUCUGGACUCCAGGAUCGAGCGAGUUCACACUGGGCUCUCCGGCUCGUGCUUACACAACUAUACGAUCCUGACAUUGAAGUCGGCGAAAUUGCCGUGAAAAUACUGGAAGAAGCUUGUAACCAACCUCGUCAUCUUGAAUACGUCGUCAAAUGCAGGCCGUCAUUGGACCACCUGGGCGAGAUCGGUGCACCACUCCUACUGAGGUUUCUGUCCACUUCAGUUGGUUACCGGUAUCUUAGUGGCCUGGACUAUAUCACUCAGGAAAUGGAUGAUUGGUUUUUGGGACGCAAUGAUGCCUACGUGGCGUUGGUCGAGGCGUCAAUCCUCCGCGCAUACUUGGAGGGAGCACCGCACAAAACGCAGUUCUCGGUAGACCCUGCUCUUGACCCGAGUGAGCCAGGCGUUGCUCCUCCUCACUUCUACCGCGAACUUGCGCGAACCCAAGAAGGUUGCAAGCUCUUGCGACAGUCGGGACAUUUCUACGAAUUUGCGUCCACGAUCAGAGAUUUCCGACUAGACGAAGAAGACGCAGAGUCUCUCACCAAAGUCAAAGGAUGUAUGUGGGCAGUCGGCAACAUUGGCUCAAUGGAUCUCGGUGCACCCUUCCUCGAAGAAGCCGACGUGGUGACGGCCAUUGUUCGCGUCGCAGAAGGUGCACAGGUGCUCUCCAUGCGUGGGACAGCGUGUUUUGUGUUGGGACUAAUCUCUCGGACCUUACAUGGAUUCGAGAUGCUUGCUGAAAGCGGCUGGGACACCACAGUUGACCAUCGAGGACGUUCAUUAGGCCUCUGCUUGCCUCGCAACCUCGAGGCUCUGUGUCUGAAAACUGUUGGUUCUGACGCGGCUCUAAGGGUCGCAACGCCGGAAGAAGAUGCCAAGUACAAGGCUGCCGUGACUGACGACGACCCAAUGCGUGCGAAAAUUCUGAAGCAUAUCGUUGAGAUGGGCAACUCGGUGAUGUACAAGAAAGCGGCUGGCGACCUCCACGCCUUGAAGGUGAAGCACCCCACUUACUUUGCCGAGACGGAAAUGUUCAAGAGAACGCUUGUCAUUCUUGAAAGUCACCAUUAUCGCCUUCAAGCGAGGCAUUACAUUUUGAAUCUGUUCAACAAGGGAUUGAUGCGACGAAUCAUCUUGGACGAAGAAAUGGACGAGGAUGACACUACCGGUUCAGAUACCGGGUAG